AUGAAACUGGUAGUGGAGGUUAUUAAUGCUCAUGAUCUUAUGCCAAAAGAUGGUGAGGGAUCAUCAAGUCCCUUUGUGGAAGUCGACUUUGAAAACCAGCUAAGUAGAACCAGAACUGUCCCAAAGAACCUUAACCCCACUUGGAAUCACAAACUAGUCUUUCAUUUAGAUGCAACCAAACCUUACCAUCGCCAAACUAUUGAAGUCUCAGUCUACAACGAGAGGAGACCUAUUCCUGGCCGAAACUUCCUUGGUAGGGUAAGAAUUCCUUGCUCUAAUAUUGUCAAAGAAGGUGAGGAAGUGUAUCAGAUUUUCCCACUUGAAAAGAAGUGGUUUUUCUCAUCUGUUAAGGGUGAGAUUGGCCUAAAAAUAUACAUUGCAUCAGAGUCCAAACCUAAAGAUAUUUCUCCUAUCUUCCCUUCAGAACUAGAAAAACUCUCACCUUCUACUCCACCACAAGUACCAGAAUCCACUAUUACUAACCUUCCUCCUCCUCAUUGUACUCCCUCUGUUACAGAAAAUUCAAGCCUAACUGACACAGACAAAACAUUAGAAGCUGAUCCCGGAUUAGAGGGUCCUGCAUUUGAUGCCCCAGAAACAACCAGAGAAGAAGCAGAAAAAGUAUAUUCUGUUGCUGUGUCAAAUGACUCUGCUGCAGAAGCUCAACCUAGUGGCAUUGAUAUUGAUCAAGUGCCAAAGAAAGAAAGCAAAGAACUUGUCCAAGAGAUAUCCCAACAGCUAGACAAACACCAAGUUCUCCAGCAGCCAAGGAUUUUAGUAGAGAGACAACCACAAGGUACACCACUCACAAUGCACCCAGUUGAUCCCCAAGUACAUGCUAGUGAUGAUGAAAACUACAAUCUCAUGGACACCAACCCACAGCUUGGUGAGCGGUGGCCUAGUAAUGGAAGAGGGUUGGUGAGUGGUGGUGAAAGAUUCACAAGCACAUAUGACCUUGUUGAGCAGAUGUUUUAUCUGUAUGUUCGUGUCGUGAAAGCGAAAGACCUUCCCUCAAGCAACAUCACCUCAAGCUGUAAUCCUUAUGUGGAAGUGAAGCUGGGGAACUACAAAGGAAGAACAAAGCACUUUGAGAAGAAAUUGAACCCAGAGUGGAACCAAGUGUUUGCUUUCUCCAAAGACCGCAUUCAAUCUUCUGUUCUAGAAGUCUUUGUGAAAGACAAGGAAAUGGUUGGUAGAGAUGAUUAUCUUGGAAGGGUGGUUUUUGACCUCAAUGAGGUUCCAACAAGAGUUCCACCAGAUAGCCCACUGGCCCCUCAAUGGUACAGACUCGAGGACUUAGGAGGAGAAGGUAAGGUCAGGGGUGAUAUUAUGCUUGCAGUUUGGAUGGGAACACAAGCUGAUGAAGCUUUCUCAUAUGCUUGGCAUUCUGAUGCUGCCACUGUGUAUGGGGAAGGUGUUUUCAACGUCAGAUCAAAGGUUUAUGUGUCACCAAAGCUGUGGUAUCUUAGAGUCAAUGUCAUUGAAGCUCAAGAUGUGAUAUCUAGAGACAGAAACCGCUUACCAGAGGUUUUUGUGAAAGCUCAAGUGGGGUGCCAAGCACUGAAGACCAAUAUAUGUCCCACUAGAACAACUACUCCACUUUGGAAUGAAGAUUUAGUUUUUGUAGCUGCUGAACCAUUUGAGGAGCAAUUGACAAUUACAGUGGAGGAUCGUGUGCACCCUUCAAAAGACGAGGUACUUGGGAAAAUAAGCUUGCCAUUGACCCUCUUUGAGAAGCGGCUGGACCACAGGCCAGUUCAUUCUCGCUGGUUCAAUCUUCAGACAUUUGGUUUUGGAGUGUUGGAAGGUGAUAGGAGGAAUGAGCUUAAAUUUUCAAGCAGGAUUCACCUGAGAAUUUGCCUUGAAGGUGGAUACCAUGUCCUAGACGAAUCCGCAUUGUACAUAAGUGAUCAAAGACCAACAGCAAGACAAUUAUGGAAGCAGCCUAUUGGGAUACUUGAAGUAGGCAUCUUAGGAGCACAAGGGCUUCUCCCAAUGAAGAUGAAGGAUGGCCGUGGCAGCACAGAUGCAUACUGUGUUGCAAAGUAUGGUCAGAAAUGGGUCCGAACUAGAACACUUGUGGACACUUUUAGUCCAAAAUGGAAUGAGCAAUACACAUGGGAGGUUUAUGAUCCUUGCACUGUGAUAACAUUGGGGGUUUUUGACAAUUGCCAUUUAGGUGGAGGGGAAAAAGCUCCUAGUGGCAGUGCAGCCCGAGAUUCUAGAAUUGGAAAGGUAAGGAUUCGGCUCUCAACACUUGAAGCUCAUAGGAUUUACAUAAAUUCUCAUCCACUUCUUGUUUUACACCCACAUGGAGUUAAGAGGAUGGGUGAGCUUCAGCUAGCAGUGAGGUUUACUUCACUCUCACUAGCUAAUAUGGUUUACAUUUAUGGCCAACCCAUGCUUCCCAAGAUGCACUACUUACAUCCUUUCACAGUUAACCAAAUUGACAAUUUAAGAUACCAAGCCAUGAAUAUUGUAGGUGCGAGGCUUGGCCGAGCUGAACCCUCUCUAAGGAAGGAGGUGGUGGAGUACAUGCUGGAUGUUGAUUCUCAUAUGUGGAGCAUGAGAAGAAGCAAAGCUAACUUCUUUCGCAUCAUGUCCCUUCUUUCUGGUAUGAUCACAAUGGGACGAUGGUUCAGUGAUGUUUGCUAUUGGAAGAAUCACAUCACAACAAUUCUAGUUCACAUUCUUUUCCUGAUACUGAUAUGGUACCCAGAAUUGAUACUACCAACUGUGUUUCUCUACAUGUUCUUGAUUGGUCUGUGGAACUAUAGGUUCCGUCCUAGACACCCUCCUCACAUGGAUACUAAACUCUCAUGGGCAGAAGCUGUUCAACCAGAUGAACUUGAUGAAGAGUUUGACACAUUCCCAACUUCAAAAUCGCUUGAUGUAGUGAGAAUGAGGUAUGACAGGCUUAGAAGUGUUGCAGGUAGGAUUCAGACAAUUGUUGGGGACAUAGCUACACAAGGGGAGAGAUUUCAGACUCUACUGAGUUGGAGAGACCCCAGAGCAACCUGCAUUUUUGAAGUAUUCAGCUUUUGUGCAGCUGUUGUUCUCUAUGCAACACCAUUCAGAGUGGUGGCUCUGGUAACAGGUUUGUAUUAUUUGCGACAUCCAAGGUUUAGGAGCAAGCUACCAUCUGUGCCAAGCAAUUUCUUCAAGAGGCUCCCAGCUAAAACAGAUAGUUUACUGUGA